AUGGCGAGGUCGGACGAAGCGCAGGCUUUCUUCCAUGCGGUUUACUCUGCCGCUCAGCAGAUUCCGUAUGGAAAGGUGACGACUUAUGCGCACAUUGCUUAUCUCGUUGGUACCCCGCAGCGGCCGAGACAAGUGGGUGUUUGUAUGAAGCAUUUGCCUCAUGACGAGGAUGCUGUGUUUAAUAGCUCGAAUGUGCCCUGGCAGAGGGUGAUUAAUUCCAAGGGAGCGGUGUCACCAAGAUCACAACCUUCGGGUGCCGCAAACCAGGCCGUUGAGCUGCAGAGGGAAGGCGUCGAAGUAACUCGGACUGCAAUGGGAGAGUAUACGGUCGACUUGGAAGUGUACGGAUGGUUUCCAGAGGAAUUGGCCGAGGAAGAGUGA